CUCAUCAGAGACAAAGAUGUCGAUGGCUGUCCUCGCUGUUGUCUCAGUAUUUUGUCUCUGUGUCACUUCAGUAGCUGGUCAAUCUUACAGACCCUACAUCCUGCUCAGCUCCCCAUAUUCAGCUGUCUCACCAGGAGAAACUGUUCGUAUCAUGUGUGGCGGGAUUUAUGACCGUCAAUACAAGGAUGUCUGUUUAUACAGAAACGGUUCUUCCAUCAUGAGACAGUACAGUUACUACAGUAGCAGUGUGACCUUCACUCGUUUUAUUGUGGAUGUCUCUGACACAGGCAGCUACACAUGUGGCCCCUGCUCUGGCUUCUACAAGAGCCGCUCCAUUAGUAUCACUGUAGUUGUACUACAGAAGCCAAGUCUUUCACUGGAAACCAGCAGAGAGGUUCCUUGGGGUCAGUCUGCCCAGAUGAGAUGCUCCAUCUCCACACAGCACCAGGGUGGUACAUUCACCCUACAGCAGCCCAAUGGGUCAUUUACAGAGACAGUGGAAGACACUGGAACUUCUGCCAAUUUCACCAUUCCUCAAGUGGACUUUACCCACGAAGGAGCUUUCGAUUGCCAGUAUCAAACAAGGGUUUCCAGACGUAAUUUCACUUCCCCCCAAAGUGAUACUAUCAGCCUCUCUGUAAUAGUGGUGCUUGUGCAGCCCAACAUCUCUCUCAGUGCCCCAGAUGGAGGGCUGUUCUGGGGGCCUCAGGGGCCAGAGGUGACCAGGGGCCACAGCCUCUCCCUCAUCUGCUCUACUGAGCCACAGCACCAAGGAGGCUCCUUCCACCUCAUCUUUGAUGGGUCUAACAGCACCAGGACUCAGCUCGCCAUCAACCACUCAGCCUCCUUCUACAUUCCUGAGGCAGACUACUCCCACCAGGGCAACUACAGCUGUGUCUAUGAGGUCACUGUGUCCAGCCGCACCUUCAAGUCAAGACAGACAGCACCACUGACAGUCAUCGUAAGAGCAUCUCUGGCUCCCAUCAUUGCAUCUGGAGUGAUUUCAGGAUUAUUCCUACUUUUGCUGAUCCCUGUCAUUCUCUACCUGGUGAAGAAAAAGAUGAACACUGUGGCACAGAGUUCUGCAAACAGAUAUGGAUUUCACAAUGGAGCUGGUGAGACACACGAGGAAGUAGAGAACAUAUAUAGCUACGGUGUCCUGGAGGAAGACUGAAUGUAGAAUAACUAUGUGGCCCCACUGCCACAGGCAAUGACUAUGAAGAGCAUGAUGGCCUCUAUCAAAACUAUAACUCAGAGUAGUCUGGUAUAUUUGAAAGCUGUUGUGUCAGUAUCCCACGACUCUGUUCACUUGUAGCCCUCCUCUGGCCCUCUCUGUGUUUUGAUUGUCUCUGUCUGCCUUUGUUUUGGUCCACAACACCUUUUUAAUUCUCCGUGACAAUUUUGAUCCCAACCUUUUCCCAAUUCUGAUCGUGUUAUCCACUCUACUGAAACCUUGCUCUGUCUGUCAUUCUUUGAGAUUGAUUUUGUUUGUCUUCUAGUAGCUGCCAACAUGCAUAAGUUAUAAUAAUCUUUAAAGGUUUGAUUUUUUGCAUUUCUGAUUGUUAAGGAUUCACAUUUAUAUUCAUUUAACUUGUAUCCAGAAACCUUACUGUAUUUUUCAAUCAUUUUCAUUAGUUUAUGUAUCGAUUCCGCUGGUGAAGUUAUGCAAUGCAAAUCAGACAGGCUAAUAGGCUAACUGGACAAAACCCCAUGCCAAUUUCUAGCUAUGGUGAAGGGUAUGUGAUGAUGUGGGUAUUUUAAUUCCAAAGGCCAAGGGAACUUUAUCAGGAUGCAUAAUAUCCUGGAUCCA